AUGCCCGCGCUGCUGCCGCUGGCCGCGGUCUCCAGGGACCUCUUCGAGGGCACCAGCGAACGCCGGCGCUCCUCGGGCCUGGACUCCCAGGCCGGCGGCAGAGAGGAGCGCCGCCGCUCCUCGGGGCUCGAGGCCGGCGCUGGCGGCCAGGGCGGCCAGAGGCUCUCAGACACAAGGCUCUCAGACACCUCGGCAGGGGGAUCGGGCGGGGCAUUCCUCGACCAGUACACCCUUGGGCAGAUGCUCGGCCAGGGUGCCUUCGGCAUCGUGUACGUGUGUACCGCAGUGUCGUCGCGCGAGGAGUUUGCCGUGAAGAUGGUCGACAGAGUCGAGACGCCGGCGGAGAACAUCCAGCGGGAGGUCGACUUGCAGCGGAAAAUGGACCAUCCGAACAUCGCGAAGGUCCUCGAUGUUUUUUUCGAGAAGUGUUUCGUCUGUAUGGUGAUGGAGAUGUUCCGCGGGGGUGACCUGAUAGAGGGGAUCGAGCAUCUGCUGGACCAGACUGGGCACCUCGACUGCACGCAGGUGGUGCACGUCAGUAGGCAGAUGGUCGCCGCGGUGCACUACAUGCACGGUAAGCUCACCAUGCACAGGGACGUGAAGGCCGACAACUACCUCCUCGACAGGGCGAACCUGGCGGACCGUGACUGCCGUGCGGUCCUCUGCGACUUCGGCACCGCGACGUGCCUGAGCCACGCUGGGGAACGCCUGACCGCGCCAAUCGGCACCAAGACCCACUGGGCGCCCGAGGUGUUCGGCGGGGACUACAGCCAGAAGGCAGACGUCUGGUCGCUGGGGGUCGUGAUGUACGGGCUGUACGAGGGCAUGCUGCCUUUCAACGCCUCCGGCAACUGCAGGACAACCGAGGUGCGGACUUCCCCCAACGCUCCCCAGCCCUGCGCGGACUUCGUCGCCGCGCUGCUGCGCCGGGAGGAGACCGAACGCCCGAGCGCCGAGCUAGCCCUGGCGCACCCCUGGCUGGAGCGGCAGGCGGACGCGCCGGAGAUGAGGCUGAGCCGCGCCUCGACCAGCGACCUGAGCGCCGACGCCAUGAGCGUCGACGUCAUGAGCGCGGACGACCAGACGCUGAGCCCGGGCCUGCGGGCCGGGCGCCGGCUGCGCGCCACGAGGGUCAACGUCAUGGUGAAGGAGCGGCGCCGCCAGCUGGUGCAGCGCAUGGAGCAGGCGCAGCAGCAGCAGGUGGGGAGGUCGGAGCAGGGCGACUGCAAGGGCGUGCCAGUCUUCCUGGAGCAGAGCUUCUGCGUGACGGACGACGUGACGGGCGUCCGGCGGAGCUACAAGUGGUCGCUGAUGUCGCAGACACAGGACGAGGACGAGGAGACCAUGGCCAUGGUGCGCGACCUGGACGACAGCGGCGUUGGCGCGCGCAGGAGCAGCAGGAGGACCCUGUCGGCCGAUCAGGGCAGCGAGGACGCCACCUUCCACGUCGUCUGCAAGAUGCUCAGCGAUUACGGCGUCGACACCUCCGGCUUCGGCAGGGGUACGGCGCGCACGCUGCGCGAGUUUGCCGCCGAGGUGCACAGCGGCCAGUCGCGCCUCAUGCUGGACGCCGCCAGCCACAAGAAACUGGUGCGCGUGGUGGACGUCGUGCUGCUGCGCAUCUGGUGCCCCCAGCAGGACAAGGAGGAGCCCCUGCUGCUCAUCGAGUCCAGCCAGACCUACUCCGACGGCCGUCGUCGGGAUGGCCUCACCCGGUUGCCGGGAGGCAAGAAGCGCCCACACCAGAACACGCGCAAGUCCUCCCAGCACCUCGUGAAGACGCUGGACAUGGAAGACUGCAAGAUCCGCUUCAACUUCGAGAACAUCGAGGUACGCGAGGUGGAGGAGGACUCGCCCACCUACCCCGGCGUGCGGACCGUGUACCGCAAGGAGAUAAUUGAUGGGCUCGUCAACACGACCAACAAGGCCGUGUUGGAGCGCAUCGGGGCCUUGGAACUUGCUGGCGAGCGCGCUGUGACGGACGCGCGGGGCCAGACUAGGGGCCUCAUGUGGCUCACCGAGGCGGAGUGCGAAAGCAGGAGCGUGGACACGGCCGGGGUCUUCUACCCGUCGUCGAACGGGUUCUCGGCGAACGGAUUCUCGCCCAGAUAUUCGCCGUCGCGCGGUGGGUUCUCGGCGCUGGUCCAGGCGCCCCUGGGCCCGGACAACGCUGCGCUCGAGACGUACCUGCAGAUGGGUUCCGAGCUGAGCGAGCUGAGCUCGGUCCCGUGGCAGCGGGGCGUCUCGAAGUCCUUCAACCACAGGUGGAGCGAGCCUGACGUCUGCGCCCAGAUCGCCGAAGGCGGAGGGGAGAGCAUACUGAACGAGCAUUUGCUGUCCAUGUCGGUGGACGUUAGCAAGUUCGGCGCCAACAAGGCGAAGACGGUGAAGCAGCUCGCGCAGGAGUUGUACAAGGGGGAGUCGGCCCUGGUACACCAGGAGGACGGGAACCUGCUGCGCAUAGUGGACAUGGUCAUCUUGAAGCUGGAGAUGUCGGGCACGGGGGAGGUGCUGUUCGAGGUAUCGCAGGCCUCCCCGGACGGCACCAUGGAGGUGAGCCACAGCCGCUUCCCUGGUGACAAGUGCCGCCCAGACGAGAACCAGUUCAUCGCCGCGCGACGGAUCCUGAAGAGGAGGCUGGACAUGGACGAGAACUGGGUGAGCCUGAGCGCCGACGUGCGCGUUGUCGAGAUGCAGGCGGAUUCGCCCUCGUACCCAGGGCUCCAGACGCUGUACCGCAAGCGCCUGAUCUGCGGCGAGGUCUACUCGCCAGCCAAGGCCCAGUCGCCGAGGCCGUCCAUAUCAGCCGUCACCAUGGCCAGCGACGCGGAGCCGAGGGUUGCGGCGAGAUGGAGCAAGGAGGCGCUCUCGUCGCCGAGGCCCGCCGCGCACUCCGAAGAGGAGGGAGGCACCUCGCCGCCGAUGUCGCCCCCGACGACCCGGAUCGGCAACAGGACGCCUACGACGCCCGCGACGCGCCUCAACCGCCUGGGCUCCUCGCCGUCGACGGCGCGGGUCGGUGCCACGACGCCGGCGACGCCGGUGACGCCAGCGGUGACGCCGGCGACGGGCCUGGCCUCGUCGCGGCGCGUGCUGCUGCUGGGGCAGCCGUCCAGCGCAUCAUCCCAGAGGCCCGGCUGGCGCAGCCACCCAGAGCUCCGCUGGAGGCCCGCCAGAGACGGCCGGCGGAGAGCUCGCGGCCGGGCCCGCGGCGGGCCCGGCGGGCGCAGCCUCGCCGCAGAGCCCGGCCGGAGGCCCGCCGGAGGCUGCCGGCGGAGGGCCCUUCGCGGCCGAGGGCGAGAACUCAGAGGAGGCCAGAGCCCCAGGGCCGGAGGCCGAAGGGCCCCUGCCCGCGACGAAGAACCGAGAGGGCGCAGCCCUGCCGUGCGGCCCAGCUGGAGGCCCGCCAGAGACUGCCGGCGGAGGAUUCCCGGCUGGGUCGCCUGUGAAUGUUGCGAGGGCGGACCCCAUCGGCCGGCUGUUCGGGCUGUGCUGCGCCGAAGGCGCCACAGGCCGCGGCCAGGUCUCCGCACGGGAGCUGGAGAGGCUGCUCGGAUUGUUGGCCUCGGCUGGCGAGUCCCUCGGGUACCCCGCGGCUGA